AUGUCAACAGCAAAUAAUAUACUCCUGAAAUUGAUGGACUCGUAUGUGCUUAUUGGUCCCAAUUUUAAAGACUGGCUGAGAAAUCUGACAAUUAUUCUCAAUCUUGAAAAGUUAGUCUAUGUCUUGGAGACACCUUUACUAGUAGCAGUGGACCUUGAUACCCCUAAGGAAGAGCAAAGGGCUUAUGCUGAAUGGGUAGAUGUCGACUUACGAGUUCGUAGUUAUAUACUGGUAUCAAUGAACUCUAAACUUCAAACUCAAUUUGAGAAUGUGCAGAGUGCGUAUGAAAUUAUCACUACUUUAAGAGAGUUAUUUAGUGAAAAUGUUCAAGUGAAGGAAUAUAAUUUGAGGACUUUACUAUUCAACAUGUGGUUUAAGGAAGACGUUUUCCCAGAUGAUCAUGUUAUUAAAAUGAUUAACAAGACUGGGGAGUUACAAAUUAUGGGCACAACUUUGUUGCAUAAUGUUCAGCAACUGCAGAAUAGUUCUGCAUUAAGACGUGAUGAGAUCACAUUAAGAUUAGCUGAUGGGACAUGA